AAACACCCUCCACUUCCAAUUCUCUCCGAUCUGCUCCAUCGAAACCAUCGGUCCGCGAUGUCGGAUAGCGUAAUGGAUCAAACCGAAUCCCUAAUCCGCAGGCUCGCCCAAACCCUAAACCGCAAAGUCUCCGAGAUCGCUUCCCUCCUCAUCAACCACAAGCACGCUGGAUCGUUUGGAGCUCUCGCUGGAUUCGCCAUCGCCGUGAUCUUCACAUGGAAGUUCAUGCGAUCGCCGCGGGCGAGGCCGAGCAGGAAUCGGCCGAAACGGAGGGUUCCGGAGGCCGAAACGGAGGGUGUGAGAUUGCAAGACUCGAAUUUGAAGGGUUUGGAUGUGGUUGAGCCGCCGAUCAAGCUUAAUCUUGGGCAGAUUGUGAGGAGGAAGCUCAAUGGGGGGAGAAAGAUGACCAUUCAGCUCCUUGGCGUGAUUCUAGAGGAGAGUACUCCUCAGGAGCUUCAGAAACAAGCUACUAUUAGGCCUUCUGUUUUGGAAGUUCUUUUGGAGAUCUCCAAGUUUUUAGUUAAUAGACUUUCUGAUACCAUCAAGAUACUUUGCUUUAACUUCAGUUCAGGAUUUGCAUUCAGGAUGUGUAUCUUUUGUGAAUACAAUAGCAUUCUUCAUUAUCUUAUGUGCAUGAAUCUCAAACUUGGCAAUUGCAACAUUGAAGAUGUUAUUUUGGCAUAUUUUCCUAUUGCAAUUAACGUCUUCAAAAUGCUUUUGAUAUUACACAAUGGAUCUGUUGUAUGCCAGUUCUUUAUCAUCUUUUUUCUUUUCUUGCUUCAGUUCUUUGCAUAUUAUUUGGAUCCAUCAGAAUUGUCUGCUUUAGUGGCUCUCAUAUGCAACGUGAAAUUCUCAUGCUUGCAGGAGAGGGUUCUCUCAGCUUUGGAUGGUGCUGGACUAUUCCUCAGCUGCAGCCUGACCAAGGACAAGGUUCUCUUUUGUAGCACUGACGUAGGAAGAACGUCAUUUGUUCGACAGUUGGAGCCAGAUUGGCAUGUGGACUCAAAUCUUGAAAUAGUUUCUCAAUUAGCUCGGUUUAUCAGAUGCCAACUUCAUAUCUCGGAGCUUGAGUUGGGACAAAUUGCAUCCAACGUUUUCACUUCAAAAAGCUUGGAGCAGUACUUCGCAUGUUUAUGAGAAAGAAAAUGAGUAAUUGAGUACACAAAACUGUAGUUGGAUUUCUAUUUCUUCUCUCACGAAAAUAUUCACUACACAAACUAUACUGAUGGUAACAUCUCCUUAAGAACUACAGAUGAGCUGUAUUUCGCUGGAAUUUAUGGAAUUUUUUUUAUUUGUAGAUAGUACUGAAUUCUCUCUCCCGUUUUCUUUUUCAUGUUUCUGUUCAAUGUUACUGAGUUUGCUAA